AUGCUCCGAACCCUCGUUCUCCACCUCCCUACGGGAAAAUUGAGUCCUUUCGACGCGGAUUGUCUGUUCUCGAGUUAUGACGCUGAUACUCGUGCCUGGCUCAUUUCCCUUGACCCAGCCUCGGCCACUACCGACGAGGGAAAGGCAGUCAUAGUUACUGAAGCGGCCUAUCCUAAGAAGUUCGACGCGAAUGACUUAGAUAUGGUUGAAGAUGUCGAGUUUAUGUUGGCUCAGGUUGCCGGCAAUACUACUUCUCUCGGAGAGCGUACCGGCUCUAGCACCUUUUCUGCGAGCUCACGCCACGUUGUGUAUGGAGCGCUUGCGCGGCCUUUCUUUCAUGCAUUAGUGGAAAAAGCUGUAGCUUUGACCUUUGAUGGACGAGGCUCCUCGCAGCAAGUGUGUGUCCCGUGGAAGGAGUCACUGCUGUAUAAGCUGGUCUAUUUACAAGGUGCGGGCAGCCUUCUUCUCUACUACCUGGAAAUCGUGCAACUCCGAGGUCGAAACGUAAGACAUUGUGAGCGCCUCUUGUGA